AUGUCUUUGACAAGCACCCAAAUUCACUCGCAGGUCUCCCGCUUUUGCUGGCAGAACCUGCAGGUGGAUCCGGCCCCUGUCUUCCCGCACCCCGAGUUGCUUCGUGAGGAGGAAGUGCAGGAAACCAUCUACAAGCGGGUUUUUAGCCAUGAGGUUCCCCUGCGUCCGCCGCCGCGGUACCGGGUCAAAAUAUUGAAAGAGUUGAUGACGAGGGUCGAGUCUUCGAUUCAAGAUUGGGAACGGCAUGGAAUCUCGGACAACCUCACCUCUGCUCUGUCGCAUCUGCUUUCACAACCCUUACCGUCCGAGACCGACGCCGCCCAGCAAAGAGAUUAUGUGACUUAUCACCUCUCGCCUCUUCAAGUCUCGCCAGUCGCGCUCGACCCUCCGCACAUUACUCUCCUCGAGUCCCGCUCACUCAUCUCGGCCUCCGGCACCACCGGUUUGCGCACUUGGGAAGCGGCCCUGCAUCUCGGCCAAUAUCUCUGUGCCGACCCCUCUGCCGUCAAGAGCAGACGAGUUCUCGAGCUGGGGACUGGAACGGGUUACCUCGCGGUGUUGUGCGCCAAGUACCUGGGGUCUGACCAUGUUAUCGCAUCCGACGGAUCGGACGAGGUUGUCGACCACUUGACUGAUAGCUUCUUUCUCAACGGACUGCAAGGGUCAUCUGAGAUCACAGCAAUGCAGUUGAGCUGGGGACACGCCCUGGUGGGCACUGAAGUGGAUGGCGGAGAACUGGAUACGGUCCUAGGCGCCGACAUCACCUACGAUGUGAGCGUGAUUCCGGCUCUUGUUGCAACUCUGGAGGAUUUGACAAGGCUUUUCCCGGCACUGUCUGUCCUGAUCGCCGCGACGGAACGGAACAGAGCGACCUUUGAGGCGCCUGCACCCCGACCGACCCUGCAAAAAUCACCACCAAAGCGAAAAUCCCACUUGGAACCUCUCGGAUCUCGAGAUCGUGGAAGCAUCGCCAACAUCGACAGCCAUCAAACCGCCAAGAUGGCCGACUCCGACUCCCCGGUCACGCUGCGCACGCGCAAGUUCAUCCGCAACCCUCUCCUCGGCCGCAAGCAGAUGGUCGUUGACAUCCUCCACCCCAACCGCGCCAACAUCUCGAAGGAGGAGCUGCGCGACAAGCUUGCCGGCAUGUACAAGGCCCAGAAGGACCAGGUCAACGUUUUCGGCCUCCGCACCCAGUUCGGUGGCGGCAAGACCACCGGCUUCGCCCUCGUUUACGACUCCCCGGAGGCGAUGAAGAAGUUCGAGCCUCACUUCAGGCUGGUUCGCGUCGGCAUGGCCACCAAGAUCGAGAAGGCGAGCAGGCAACAGCGCAAGCAGCGCAAGAACCGGCAGAAGACUCUGCGGGGUACGGCCAAGGUCAAGGGCCCCAAGGCGAAGAAGGAGAAAUGA